GCUGAUAGAGUCUUUACAAGCGGAGUCUGUCUUCAUCUGUUACAUUUUACAGCCAGUUUCAUGGCUAAUAAGCGCCCACUGCUUCUGAAUAUUGAUCGCUCACUGUGAUGAAUUAGUGCAGAUUGAUGCUGUGGAGCUUCAAGGAAAUAACAGUCAUGUGGUGAGAUUUGUGCGUCAUUGGGGACCCCGGCGGUGGCCGCGGUGUGUACUGUUUCUUCGUCGUGUCUCAGACCGGAGUGAGGGGGUCAGUAAGUGCACACACCGAUCACCGAUCAGCGCGUUAAUUGAAUCCAUCAACCGACCAAUCCGUCGUGACCGGUGCGCCUCAACCCGGAUGACCUCCGGAGUGACGGAGAGAGUGCGGAGGGAGCAGCACCGGAGGAGAUGCGCAUAUCUGCAGGUACACUAGCGCUGUCGUAAAACGGGAGUCGGGAGCAAGUCAGCAAUCAUUAAAGCGAUGCCAGGUGUAACCAAGUACAAUUUAGUGGAUGACGCGCAGGAUUUGAGGAUCCCCAUGCACAACGACGAGGUGUUUAAGCAUGGGGUCUGCUUUGAGGCAAAGUACAUUGGCAGUUUGGAGGUGGGUCGCCCCAGCAGCCGGAUGGAGAUAGUCGCUGCUAUGAGAAGAAUCCGAUAUGAAUUCAAACUGAAGAAUAUAAAGAAAAAGAAGGUCAACAUUGUCGUAUCCACUGAUUUUGUCAAAGUGAUUUUGCUCAAAAGGAGGAAGAGAAAAGGGUGGUCAUGGGACGAGAAUACGAUCUUGGUGACGCAGGAUCCCAUCUACAGGAUUUUCUAUGUCUCACAUGACGCCCAAGACUUGAAGAUCUUCAGUUAUAUAGCGAGAGAUGGCCAGAGCAACAUUUUCCGCUGCAAUGUGUUCAAGUCGAAGAGAAAAUCUCAGGCCAUGAGGAUCGUGCGGACAGUGGGUCAGGCAUUCGAUGUGUGUCACCAGCUGACCCUGCAGCAGAAAAGCGAUGACCAGGAGGAUGAGGAGGGGAAGGCAGAGGAAUCAGAGGCAGUGCCAGCAAAGAAGAGGUUUGCAUUGCCAGAGGAGACCGAGCUUGAAGCCACUACAGAGGACAGCAUUGAGUGUGUCUCCUUAUCAGACAUGGAGAAGAGUAAAAAGGACGAGGCCCUCGGUAACAAUGACAAGGUGUCUGAUUACCCAUCUCUCCUGCUGGGCUCCCCGAUCCUUGGAGCCUCUGUGUCGGGUCAGUCGGCAAAAGAGGCUCCCUGCUCUACAGAGCACCAGGUCCAGCUCCUCCAGAAACAACUGCAGCAGCAGGAACAGCAAGCACUGGCAGCUUCAGAGCAGGUCCAUGUACUUCAGGAGCAGCUGUCGGUGGAGGUGUGUGCUCGGACUGAAACCCAGGCCAGAGUGCAGAGGCUGCUGCAGCAGAACACCGACCUGCUGCAACACAUUUCCCUGCUGGUCAAACAGAUCCAGGAACUGGAGCUCAAAUCUGCUGGCCACUUAACAUCUAUGGGAUCCCAGGACAGUCUUCUAGAAAUCACUUUCCGCGCCAAGCCCCCCAGCUCUUUUUCAUCUAUGGGUCCCUUUGCAGCUCAAUCCCAGGUCCAGAUUAGUGACAGUGCCUGGGUCUCCGCCCGCCCCGGGCCCUGCUCUCCAGGCACCGACACCAGCCAUCUUGGGCUCAGCGGCAGUGGAGUUCGUCUUGAGUGCUUCCGCUUCACCUCCCGAGGGCCGGACAGCCAGGAGCAGGGCCAGGACGCAGGGGAGACUCCCAGCGACGGAGCCCCGGAUGAAAGCUCGCUGCUGGGGGAGCAGGUCCUGGGAGCCCUGGAGCUGCUGCGGUUUAGGGAGUCAGGGAUCGGGUCGGAGUACGAAUCAAACACAGAUGAGAGCGAUGACCGGGACAGCUGGGGGCAGGGGGAGGGAGUGGGGGCUGACGGUGCCACUCGACUCUUAAACGUGCUGAACGCAGAGAGUCUGCCGGACUGCUUAGGGGAUGAGAUGGCUGUGUAGUGGUGCUCUUAAAGCUGCUCAAGG